GGGAGUGUUUUAAACAGCAGGUCUCUGUCACGCUCUCACUCCCAUAACAGCUCACCUGUCCCCCCCAGCACACUGCAACCCACAGGUGGAAUGUCCUCAUAGAAAUAACAAUACUAGACCGGGCAUCCCCAUUCAAGUCAAUGUAAUUCUACUUCUAUGGGUGUAGCCAACUGUACAAUUGAUUGAGGGGGGCAGGGCUCAGAAACCUCACCGCUGCUACUCCAUCCCUGUCUGUCUCCACUAGGGUUUUUCACUCAGUAGCAGCAGUAGGUAACUCCAGGUAAUACGUGUUGAUCAGAGAGCCGUGUACAGCUUCACUAUGAACCUGCAGAGCAACGGCCUGUCUGUUCAGUGGUACCUGAAGUCCAAGCCGGUUGGAAAGGUGAGGCGGCGUGUACAGGAGAUGAAAAACCCAUCUGUGUCCCUGGUGUCGGGCGACGUUGACCUCAGCCACAACGAGAGCACCAGAUUGGCCAUGGACGCCUUGCUGAACCAGGGAUUGGACAUGUACCAGGAAGUACUGGCCGGAGAGGGCGAGGUGGACUUCCUGUCCAAGGAGGAGAAAGGUUAUAUCCUGGAGAACACUACAGACCUGAGCACCAGCAGUCUGUGUGGGACGGAGAACGACGACCAGGCAGAGGGCCCCACCACCUCUUCCCAGACAAACACCUAUUGUCCAUCGGUGUUGGAGAGCGCCCCUGGCUUGGACCAUGGCUGGCCGGCAGAGGACUGGAGCUACCGCCUGCAGGGUGAACCCAGUGUAGAGGUCUACUUCCAGUCUGAUAGAGCAGCCAGCAUGAAAGACCUGCUCAGAGAGUUUAUCAGCAAGGCCACAAUGGUUCUGGCCAUUGUAAUGGACACAUUCAGUGAUGUGGAGAUGUUCUGUGACAUCCUGGAGGCAACCAGGAAGAGGAAUGUGUCUGUCUACCUGCUCCUGGACCAUAUCAACCUGCAGGUCUUUGUCAAGAUGUGUGAGACACUACAGAUCAACAGUAAUCACCUCACU